ACUAGAGUCAAACGCAUGAGACAUCUGGAGCAGCACGCCAAAAGGUGAUUUGGUCAAUGAGGUUGGUAUGAGUUCAUCUGCUCCCAAUACCCCUGCAUACUCCAAUUUCUGAGGCAAUUAUCUGAUGGAUGUGUGUGUUUUUGGAGGUCGGCAAUGUGCCGGAGAGCUGUUCCAAUCAUUGACAUUCUCUGCAAUGUGCUUGACAACUGUUUCUAUCCUUUCUUUACACUUUAGAUUGGGACUCAAAUUUUAAACUGUAAACCCUGCUUACUGCCCUCACCUCACCACGCUGCCAUCGUCGCUCUAUAAGUACCCCAAGCAAGUCUGUUCCUCUCCAUCGACGCCCAAGACACUCGAGCAAGACAUGGCUGUUUAUUCAAUCAACUUCCUCCUGUUGCUCCUCCCCCUCGCUCUGUCCCCGCUUUGCCUCGCCUUCCCUCACGGCGCUCCGUUCCUGUAUCCCCAGUUCUACGACCACUCCUGCCCCAAAGCUCACCAGAUCGUCCAAUCCAUCGUCGCGAAAGCCGUCGCGAAGGAAGCGCGGAUGGCUGCUUCUUUGCUUCGCCUCCACUUCCACGACUGCUUCGUCAAGGGAUGCGACGCGUCGAUUCUGCUGGAUAGCAGCCAGGGCAUCGUGAGCGAGAAGGGAUCCAUCCCCAACCGGAACUCCAUACGGGGGUUCGAGGUGAUCGACGAGAUCAAGUCGGCGCUGGAGAAGGAAUGCCCUCGUACUGUCUCCUGCGCUGACAUUUUAGCCCUCGCCGCCAGGGACUCUACCGUCUUGGCUGGGGGACCGUUCUGGGAGGUUCCCCUUGGUCGGAGGGACUCACUGGGAGCAAGCAUUCAGGGUUCCAACCGCAAUAUUCCAGCUCCCAACAAUACUCUUCCCACCAUCAUCACCAAGUUCAAGCUCCAGGGGCUCGACAUUGUCGACCUUGUCACCCUCUUAGGUAGUCACACGAUUGGGUUCUCGCGGUGCACCAGCUUCAGGCAGAGGCUGUACAACCAGACCGGCAACGGGCUGCCGGACUUCACCCUCGAUGGAGGUUACGCCGCCCGGCUGCGUGCCGGGUGCCCGCGCUCCGGCGGCGACCAGAACCUCUUCCCGACGGACUUCGUGAGCCCCGCCCGGUUCGACAACUUCUACUUCAAGAACUUGUUGGUGGGGAAGGGGCUGCUCAGCUCCGACGAGAUCCUGUUCACCGGAAGCCCGGAGACGAGGCGGCUGGUGGAGCUGUACGCGGCCGACGCCGGAGCAUUCUUCGCGCAGUUCGUGAAGUCGAUCGUGAAGAUGGGGAACAUCACGCCGCUGACAGGGAGCAAGGGGGAGAUCAGAUACAAUUGCAGGAAGAUUAAUUAAUCAUCAGCAGUUGAAACGGAUAUAUGGUUGCGUCAAUUGCAUCGUUCGUGGUGGUAAUUUGUUUGUGUUCCUCGUUUGCGUCGGUGAGUUUUCUAUUUUGUUCUUGUUGUCGUCGUUGUUUGAUCUUUGUUGAGUGAAUUGUAGCUGUAGAAAUCAAUAAGAUUGAUCUAUGAUCCUUUGCCACUGUUUAA